UCUGCAGAAGAGCGGGAGCACCCUCCCUCUGUGUUUUUCACCCAGGUCUGGGUGAUCCGGAGCCAGACGGAGUGGCCAAGGAACUUCCAUAGCAUUGGCAAUCACCGCCUGCCCAGUCAGGCUUCAGAGCCUAACUCCAGAAGUUAUUGGCCAUCUCCAGGAAAAUUAUUAUAAUCUCUGUAUGGAAAAGUCCCAGAAAAUUAAUUCCUUUAUAUUGCAUAUACUCCAAGAAGUGGAUGAAGAAAUUGAAAAGGGAUCGGAAGGAAUCACAUUAAACAUUGCUGGUAACAGUCGCUUAAUGCCAGAAGAAAAAGUAACAGGUGAAGAUUUUUGGAUUCUUUUAAGAAUUUUAAAGAAGAAUCCAUAUAUUAAUGGUUUGGAUGUUAGAUAUAACUUCGUAAGUGACGUUGGUGCAUACUAUGCUGCAAGACUGCUUCAGAAACAACAUAACCUCGUUUACUUAAACCUUAUGUUUAAUGAUAUUGGGCCCGAAGGUGGAGAACUGAUUGCUAAAGCACUACAUAAGAAUACAACUCUGAAAUACCUAAGAAUGACUGGAAACAAGAUUGAAAAUAAAGGCGGAAUGUUUUUUGCUGCAAUGCUACAAAUUAAUUCAUCUUUAGAAAAAUUAGAUCUGGGUGACUGUGAUCUGGGAAUGCAAAGUGUGAUAGCAUUGGCUACAGUCCUAACUCAAAACCAAACAAUUAAGGGAAUAAACCUAAACCGACCUAUACUGUAUGGUGAACAGGAAGAGUCCACAGUUCAUCUAGGCCACAUGUUGAAAGAAAAUCACUGCCUUGUUGAACUACACAUGUGUAAGCAUAAUAUAAAGAACUGUGGUAUUAAACAGUUAUGUGAUGCACUGUAUCUGAACAGAAGCCUACGCUACCUUGAUGUCAGCUGCAAUAAAAUAACUCGCGACGGAAUGGUGUGUUUGGCUGAUGUACUGAAAAGCAAUACUACCCUGGAAGUAUUAGAUCUUUCUUUUAACAGAAUAGAAAAUGCAGGAGCAAAGUAUCUCAGUGAAACUCUUGCUUCACACAACAGGAGUCUAAGAGCGUUGUCAGUAGUCAGCAACAACAUAGAGGGAGAAGGACUUGUUGCACUUUCAGAGUCAAUGAAAACAAACCCCACAUUCUCGAAUGUCUACAUUUGGGGAAACAAAUUUGAUGAGGCUACAUGUGUGGCUUAUUCAGACUUAAUUCAAAUGGACCGUCUAAAACCAGAUAAUACAGAUGUGGAGCCAUUUAUGGUGGAUGGACAUGUGUAUCUUGCAGAAGUCUCCAAUGGCCUUAAAAAGCAUUAUUACUGGAGACCAACUUAUGAAGAAGCUUGCACGAACUCACCUAACGCAGGUUUUACUCUUGUACCAGUAGGUGAACAUCUAUGAAAAACAAGCUCUAAAAUAAUUUUCACAUAUUUGUCUUAUGUUAAUAUUUUAUUGCCUAUUAAAUUUUUCUUAGAAUGUUUUACCUCAUAUAUUUGGAAAUGACUAUAUUAAAAUGACUUUGUAUAACUA